AUGCCUGGUAGACAAAACAAGACACGAGUGUACUUGACGCUGCAACAACGAUACGACGUCUUACGAAAACUAGAAGAUGGUUGUUCAUGGUCACAACUGGCUAAUUACUACAAUGUCACCGAUUCAACUAUUCGUCGCAUCAAAUCGAAUGAAGAUCAGAUACGGAAACAGUUACAGACAUCAGAAAUACACGAUCAGAAGAAGAUGCGGACACCUAUAUUUGAUGAAUUAGAUGCUCGUCUACACUCGUGGUUCCUACAGCGACGAGCAACAGGCAAACUUAUCACUGAUAUACAAUUCCAACAAAAAGCGAAACAAUUAAACGAAGAAUUUGGCGGCCCCUCGUCGUUUUCGGCCUCCAGAGGUUGGGUAUGGAGGUUUAAACGUAGACAUGGGAUUCGUUUGCUGAAGCUCCAUGGUGAGAAUAUAUUCUCCAACGCGAAGGGGGCGGAAGAAUUUUCCCUGUGCUUUCUACGGCGACUGAAAGAGGAAAAUAUAGACCUACAGAAUGUAUAUAAUAUGGAUGAAACUGGUCUAUUGUGGAAAGCUGUUUCGCAAGAAUCGUUGGUCCAUGCUGGAGAACAAAGAUUCCCCGGAAGUAAAACAAAAAAGGAUCGGGUCUCUGUAGGACUUUGCAUAAAUGCCACCGGAACGCACAAACUUCCGCUAAUCUUUAUCAACAAAUAUGAGAAACCGAGAGUCUUGAAACACUGCCAGAAUCAAUUGCCUGUUAUUUUCAUGGCUCAAAAAAAUGGUUUUAUGGAUCAAAAAUUAUUCGCGGAAUGGUUGAAAAACCAUUUCGAACCGGCCGUAAAAAAACACCAACUCGAAAGGGGUACUCCCGGAAAAGUACUGUUAUUACUACAUCGUUGCGAAACUCACACACUUCUGCCGGAUGAACAAAGACAGGACAACAGUUUUGAAAUAGUAUACUUUCCGUCGUUUACGACGUCCAUUCUACAGCCAAUGAACCAGGGAAUAUUUGAUACGAUGAAAAAAUCCUAUUACCAUCGUAUGCUGAAGAAAAUUUUGGAACUUCCCGGCGGAGUGGAAGAAUUUUAUAAGGACUUUGACAUAAAGGAUUGCAUUGAUAUACUCACCGAAACCUGGGCGGAUAUCUCGCCAAGUACUAUCUGGAAGUCAUGGGAGAAAAUGUUAGGAAUGGAUACGUUGGAACAAGAAGCACGAGAAAACCAAGAAAAUGGCUUCUUCCGCGCACCAGUCAUGACUGCUAUUUCAACUCCAGUAAAUACAAAUGUAGAGGAAAUGGUUAUUCAACAAGAAUUAGAAUCGCUUUCCACCUGCAGCGAAACCGAGGAUAUUUCAGAUUUGGAUGUCAACGAACAAGAAGGCAACGAAAAAUCGUGUUCUGAACGAGGGCCGCACCUAGACGAGGAAAAAAUAGAUAAAAUGUUUAAAAACCUACUUUUGUGGUCGAAAAAUCAACCUAUCUUUAUUAAAAUUCAGGUGCAGGCAUUGCAAGAUUUUUAUCAACAUACACGAAGAUAA